UCUCCCAUUGGAUAUCUAUAUUUUGCUUAAUAUACUUCCUUGUUUGGAGACGGAUUCAAGGUGUAAACCACUGUCUGGAUACUAGGAGACGAGUUUGUGUUUUCCUGUUAGACAAGAGUUCCCUGGGUCUGUGUUGUCUCGUUUUUACCCUUACAAUGGCUGAAGGCGGUCUCCCUCCGGAACAGGAUUUACACCUACUUGAAUGUCCAAUCUGCCUGGAGCGAUUCCAACAACCCAAGUCCUUACCCUGUCUUCAUUCUUUCUGUCAGGAUUGUCUCGGGACCUAUAUCACCAAGGAAGUGUCCGGGAAAAUAGCGUCGAAAACAUCCUUCCCUUGUCCGGUCUGUAGGAGAAGGACGUACCCUAUUAACCAAGCAGAAACCAAGAAGAAAUGGGUAGAACAGUUUCCGACUAAUAAUAUGAUCCAGGACCUUAUCCAGCUCAGAGAACGUUCAUCUGAACCAUUGUACUGCAAACCCUGCCAGACAGAAGGUAACCUGUUCAACCCAGCACAAUUCUGGUGUAAAUCGAUGAACGAGAAUUUUUGCGAGGCCUGUAAGGUUAAACUACAUGAUAUCAUACAUACUGACUGUGGUAUAGUUGAUAUCACCAUAAACGAUAACACCAGAUUGAAACCUAAAAUAUCUGCCCUUCGAUGUGACCGACACGACAAGAAAAUAGUUUGGCAUUGUGAGGACCACCAAAUUCUGGGCUGUAACGUUUGCGUUUUCAAAGACCACAGGCGGUGUGAGAAGAUUUUAACAGUGACAAACUAUUUACUGGAGUUAAAAAAGGAAGCAAAACUAGAAGAAAUGCGGGCGGCUCUGAAAAGGGGGGCAGAGGUAAUGAACUCAUUAGUAAAGGACUUUGACGAACAACUCCAGACCAUGGUACAGAGCCAGGAAAUCGCACUGCAGAGUAUCGCAGAUCUGCGUGAAAAGAUCGACAAACGGUUAAACAAGCUUCAGGAGGGCAUCACCGACGGGUUGAUCAUGCUGUUCAAAGAUGAGAAAAGGAAUCAAGAGGCAUCAUUACGGCAGUGCGAACGCCUGAUGAAUGGUAUGCUAAAUACACUGAAGUUGUCCAUUAAAGCCGCAGAGGAAAACGACAACAUUGAGACGAUAGUGCUGUAUCAGAGAGCGCAAGCGGAAGUGGACUCGUGUAAAACCCUUGUCGCGGAGAUGGGCAAGUCCUUCACAUCCGCCAGCAUUGAGCAUCAUAUUGUCCCUGGACAUGAUAUCAUUAGCGACUACGCUAUGGGAAAGAUAGUCGUCCGCAAAGAACCAAGAUGCAUCCCUUGUCACCAUUGUGAUUUUGCGCCCCCCAUGUCAGAACGUCGUGUGAAAGAAAUCGGAAGGUUCAAUAUCGAGUCCCCGUCAGAUGAAAAUGCAUGCCAUGUUCUUGGUGUUGUGUACCUGCCAGGUUCCCAGAUAGUAGUAAGUGAUUGCUUCAACAAAAAACUGAAGUUGUUCACAGACAAAGGACAGUACCUGGACGAGUUGACCGUUCCAAUAAGGCCCGGUGAUAUGUGUUUGGUGAACAACACCACGGUGGCGGUCGCCGACAAGAGUUCUAGUCGUGUAAACGUCGUGAAUGUCGAGGCAUCAAAAUUGUCCCUGGUAUCUGAGAUCAACAUUACUAAUGGUAAAUACUAUGACAGUAUAACACAUAUGGAUGGAAGCUUUGUCGUGAGCUCACUUGGAGAAGUAUACAGUGUGACACAAGGCGGAUCAUCUGAGUUUUUAUAUAACUAUAACAACUAUUGCUGGUCCCUGGCACAUGAUCCAAUAAAGGGAGACAUACUUGUAAGUGUCGAUAAUGACAAGACGGGAGACGUCGCGGUGUCUAGACUGUCGGCUGGCAAACGUCACACGGAUGUGAUGAAGGUUGGUGUUGUGAGGCGUGCUUUGGGAAUAGACGUGGACAGGGAGGGUAACAUCUACGUUUGUGGUGAGAAAUCUGACAACGUCGUACAGAUAUCUGGGGACGGGAAACACGUCAGGGAACUUCUGACGUUAUCAGAUGGAAUUAAAUCUCCAUGGGCAAUAGCUGUUCGUGGUGACUCAUUUGUGGUCAUUGAUAAGACUAGUACAAGUGCACGGAAUAACAUCCGUGUCUUUCAACUGUACUGAAGUAUACAAAUGGAAACAAGUGUGUGGUGAACUUGAGAUAAAUGUUGAUCGGAACAAAUGAAUAAACACCAUGUAAAGAUUUAUAUAAAGUUUGAGCCAAAACAUAACAGGUAUCUGUUUCUCAAAGUUUUCAAUAUAUGUAUUGAAUAAAAAAUGUUCAAAUUCUUUGUUUUCAUACUGUAACAAAGUUAUACCCCGUUUUUAUUUCCUAGCUGACGUUAGCUUCCAGCCCAUCAAAAUUGUUUCACAAUCCAUGUGUAAUUUACUGGGGUUCAUCGAGUCCUCCCAGCCACACAGUUGAGAUAGUAUAGGAGCCAUUAACCCUAGACUGACCACUGUCUGUUAAAAAUAGGGAUCUCUACGUCAUGAGUAGGGGGGACAGAGUAGCCACUCAAUAGUGAAACACCCCCUCCUUCCAUCCGGGACCCUGGCCGAUGGAGCCCAAGUUGAUUGGUCAAUUAGUCAAUAGGUGUUAAUGAGGGUCGUAUAAAAAGAGGUGCGCGGCUCCCUAGGGCUUGUUGAGAUAAGGAAUUUCACACGAUACAGAUUGGAUUAUACACAUCAUUACCUAUUAUAGAUACCGGCUUGUUAAACGAAGAUGACUCAAGCAGGGCUAUCAGGCAGUUGGGGAAAUACAUAAUAUGUCUUACCAUUUGUUUAGAUAAGUGCUUAUUACUGUAAUAUUACCUUAUAGAAGUGUUUCAUAGUUUGGGGGGAUUUUCCUACCUUGAAGAUUUAUAUCUUACUUCACUCUUGUUAUCUUGGGUCUUAUAUCUAACU